CAACACUGGUACGGCGUAGCGUUCGGGUUUCCCGAAAUAAUAAAGGUUUUUCUUUGCCACAGGCUGCUAAAUUACAGCUAGCUCCAGUUAUGGAAGUGACUGACAGUAGCUUAAUGUAAGCUUCUAUAUUUCCAUUCAAGUGUUAAAGAAAAUUCACGGAUAUAACGUGUUUGGAACCAGUCGUAAGUAAUUUAUGUUAGCUAGCUAACGUAACUUGUCUACCGUCAAUGGUCUGUCUUUCUACUUAGUUAAGUAGCUAGUAUUCUGCAGCAGCUAACGUUAGCUCUAGCUAUCUAACUAAGCAAAUAGAUAACGCCGAAUGAGCCUUGCAUCUUGCCAAUGCCCAUAGCAUUUCUUGACCACGAUAGACCUACUACCUAACAGGCUCAUAUUUGUGUUAGUUAGCUAGCUAUCUUGGUGGAAAUUGGUGAUACAAACGCAUAGCUAGCUAGCCUAACUGUUUGACAUUCAUGUAUUAGCAGUGUUGAUGGUGUAUAAUCUGUUAUCUAGUUGCUUUCCAGUAUCACCAGCACCAUGGAACCCACGGCCUCUGGAAUGUUCUGUAACAGAAUGCUCAGCAUGGUAAACUCUGAGGAUGUCAACGCCAUCAUCCAAGCCCAGAGGCACAUGUGAGUAACAGUCUGGACUGCAGCACAGAACACAUCCUACAUCUGCUGGGGGCAUUGAUAUUUCUCACAUAAAGGGCAGACUAUCUUUUUUAGUAGUCAGCGUGGGUAGACUGUGGCAAAACAGGCACAGCUUUGCCACAGACAGAUACAAAUAGAACACCAUUCAUUUCGUUAAGCCUAUUCAUAUCUCGCUCGUCAUUUUCUCCUCCCAGGCUGGACCGCUUUGAGAAGACCAAUGAGAUGCUAAUCAACUUCAACGGGCUGUCCAACGUGCGGCUGCAGCAGAUGAACGAACACUUCCUGCUUCACACGCGCACCCUGGUUGAGAUGAAGAAGGACCUGGACAGUAUCUUUAGGAGAAUCAGGUGAAGGACCUGUCCUAAUACUAGACUACCCCAAUUGUCUUCCCACAUAUGGCCUCAUUCUACGUAAGAUAAUGUACUACCCCUAGACCUGGCCUCUAGCCCCACUAUUCCCUACAAAAACAACCCCAAGCCUUACCCCCUAAACAUUUCUGUAGAUCUGAAAGGGUUGGAUAGGUGUAAGCGUUACGACAAAAUCUCUGACCAGCCCAUCAGGGGACAAGAUGGAAACUACUACCAUACCUAUCCAACUUUUUUCAGAUCUACAGGUCAUUCAGAAAGUAUUCAGACCCCUUGACUUUUUCCACAUUUUGUUACGUUACAACCUUAUUCUAAAAUGGAUUAAAUCGUUUUUUCCCCCCCUCAUCAAUCUACACACAAUACCCCAUAACGCCAAAGCAAAAACAGGUUUUUAGAAAUUUUAGCAAAUUUAUUAACAAAUAAAAAACUGAAAUAUCACAUUUACAUAAAUAUUCAGACCCUUUACUCAGUACUUUGUUGAAGCACCUUUGGCAGCGAUUACAGCCUUGAGUCUUCUUGUGUAUGACACUACAAGCUUGGCACACCUGUAUUUGGGGAGUUUCUCCCAUUCUUCUCUGCAGAUCCUCUCAAGCCCCCUUCAGGUUGGAUAGGGAGCGUCGCUGCACAGCUAUUUUCAGGUCUCUCCAGAGAUGUUCGAUCGGGUUCAAGUCCGGGUCUCUGGCUGGGCCACUCAAGGACAUUGAGACUUGUCCCGAAGCAACUCCUGUGUUGUCUUGGCUGUAUGCUUAGGGUCAUUGUCCUGUUGGAAGGUGAACCUUUGCCCCAGUCUGAGGUCCUGAGCAUGAUGCUGCCACAACUAUGCUUCGCCAUAGGGAUGGUGCCAGGUUUCCUCCAGACGUAACGCUUGACAUUCAGGCCAAAUAGUUUCUUGUUUCGCAUGGUCUGAGAGUCCUUUAGGGGCCUUUUGGCAAACUCCAAGCGGGCCGUCGUGCCUUUUACUGAGGAGUGGCUUCCGUCUGGCCACUCUACCAUAAAAGCCUGAUUAGUGGAGUGCUGCAGAGAUGGUCGUCCUUCUGGAAGGUUCUCCCAUCUCCACAGAGGAACUCUGGAGCUCUGUCAGUGACCAUCGGGUUCUUGGUCACCUCCCUGACAAAGGCCCUUCUCCCACGAUUGCUCAGUUUGGCCGGGCGGCCAGCUCUAGGAAUAGUCUUGGUGGUUCCAAACUUCUUCCAUUUAAGAAUGAUGGAGGCCACUGUUCUUGGGGACCUUCAAUGCUGCAGACAUUUUUUGGUACCCUUCCCUAGAUCUGUGCCUCGACACAAUCCUGUCUCGGAGCCCUACGGACAAUUCCUUCAACCUCAUGGCUUGGUUUUUGCUCUGACAUGCACUGUCAACUGUGGGACCUUAUAUAGAUAGGUGUGUGCCUUAACAAAUCAUGUCCAAUCAAUUGAAUUUACCACAGGUGGACUCCAGUCAAGUUGUAGAAACAUCUCAAGGAUGAGCAAUGGAAACAGGAUGCACCUGAGCUCAAUUCAGAGUCUCAUAGCAAAGGGUCUGAAUACUUAUGUAAAUAUGGUAUUUCCGUUUUUUAUUUUAAAUACCAUUUCUAAAACCUGUUUUCGCUUUGUCAUUACGGGGUAUGUAGAUUGAUGAGGAUAAAAAAUGUUUUACAUCAAUUUUAGAAUAAGGCUGUAACAUAACAAAAUGUGGAAAAAGUCAAGGGGUCUGAAUACUUUCCAAAUUCGCUGUACAUUAAGUUCCUAGGGUAAGGGGCAAGGGGUUGUUUAACAAACCCUUGGCCGAUUGGAUACUCUUGGUGGAUUGUAGAUUUCCUCCAAGUUGUUCCUCCAAGCGCACUUUAUACUGACUAUGAAUGGAAACUUUCAGUCAGUCACUCUCUUGUCCAAUUUUCACACUAGCUCAUGGGAGUAGUCACACAAUUAUUGCUCUAACCUUCUGUUAUGUGAACAUAAUCAAUUUAUUCAUGGUUCUAUCUGUCCACACAGGACGUUAAAGGUCAAGAUUGCCAAGCAGUACCCAGAGGCCUUCAGCAGUGAGUUUGACAUUUUACAGUCAUGACAGCAACAUUGGCAGACAAAGUUGUUUACUGUAAAUAGUUGCUAAUCAUACAUUUAUCAGUGUUUUGUUUUUGUCUCAUCUUGUUAAGCCUGCUGCACACUUUACGUAAACACAGCGAUGGAGUGUCUUUUUCUACGUAGUUCUACAUACUUUUGUGCGGCUCAAAUUUUGGAACAGACGGUAUACGACUUUGCGGAGGGUGCAUAGGGCCCUUUAGUUAGCGCUACACAUCAGACACUUUGUAAAGUAACGGAAUUCAAUGUUUCAAUUCCAUAAUACAGUAAGUCCUUCUCCUCAGCGCCUCUCUGAGGGUGCAUCUUGAUAGGGUUAAGUGGCGUUAAUUCUUCCCCUCCUUUCCUCUAUCUGGUGCUGUUUUUUUUUUUUUACAAUGAGUGGAGAUGGAGGCCACUUUAGACUAUUGAGAUUCACCCUGAGUCUCUCCCUCUUCCACAGACGUCCACGAGUCGCCUAUCCUGGAGGAGGACGACAAUGAGUUUGAUCUCAUCCCGCCCAGUGUCGCGGUGACGAUCACCACCACCACCAUGUCGGAGCAGAGCACCGAGUCAUGUGACACGAGCCCCGACGUCAUUUCCCCAACCGUGAGCCGGUGUUCCGAAGACCUCUCCCAGGAGCAGGCCGAUACGCCUACCUCUGAUCCAGCCCUGCCUAGCCCUGAGAUGGGCGUGCUGAGGGAUGAGGGUCCGGACUCAGUGCCUGCAGAGUAG